UGCGCGUACGCACGUCUGUCGAUGUCACAAGCGCGCGAAAUAUUCCGACAUGUUCCGCGAAUUGCAGUGAUUAGUGAAGUGAUGAGUGGGAUCUAGUUUGUUUUGAGUGAUAUUUCUGGUGCCUUUCUACCAUCAUGAAAGCGUUUUUGUACAUAAUUAUUUAUUCGUGGCUGCAAACAGUAAACUGUCAAUCAGAAGACGUUUACAACAUUUUUUUUGAGUACGAAGAUAAUCGUGGUUUACCUACCGAUGAUUUGACCCUCAAUGACGAAACGACGUCAAUCGCUGUAAAUGUUGGCCUGUUACCAUCCAGCGGUAACACAAUAACGCAACCUUUCGCCCUAACCGUGGAAUUCAGAUUGGAUGUUUUCAAGAAAACAUGCCUAUUUUCGAUUGAGAACGACAAGGAUAUGACACUAGCAUUGUGUUUCACGCCAGUCAAUUCAGACGUAGUCACAAUAUCUCUCAAAAGCAAGCAUCUACCGAAGGGCGAAGUAAAUUUCGUAAAUCGUAUCGUCAAAGAAGGAAUAUGGACACAACUACUGUUUUAUGUGAAAGAAAACAGUGUAAAGUUAUACGCUGAUUGCUUGGAGAUCAACACUGAAAAGCUUUCGGGACCAGUUGGAGAAAUUUAUCUGGACACGGAUGACACUUUGUUUAUGGGAAGAAGUGAGAUUGAGGAAACUACGGCAGCUGAGGGUGCAGUGAGACAAAUUAAAAUAUACUAUAACGUAGUCGACGAGAGUAUUUGCAAAGCAGAGGAUAUCAAAUUGCCAGAUAGCUUUGAAGAGGAGGGUGAGGAAGACUUUACACAAGGUGAACCUGGUGAAAAGGGUGAGAAGGGGGAAAAGGGAGAUAAAGGAAUUAAGGGUGAACCAGGAGAAUUUGUAACAGGCCCAUCAGGUCCCAUAGGUCCCCCUGGAAAGCCUGGAUUAAAAGGAGAUACUGGGGAUUGCAGAUGUACAGAAACUGUAGUUUCAAGCCUGCUGAAGACAAUGCCGGAGAUGAGAGGCCCCUCUGGUGAUCCUGGGCCUAUUGGAGAAUCCGGAAAACCAGGUCCAAUGGGUCUGACGGGUUUACCAGGGGAGCAAGGUGAGAGAGGUUCAAGAGGUCCAAAAGGGGAUAAGGGGGAUAGAGGAGAUGACGGCAUUCCUGGACACGAUGGGAUAGAAGGGCCUAGAGGACCAGCAGGAAAAGACGGAGAGCCUGGACCACAAGGCAUUCAAGGGAACCCUGGUCCACCAGGUCCACCUGGACCUAGCGCUAAGGACACAGAAGUGAGAAAAGAAAUUCCAGUCGUUGGACCAAGGGGUGAACAGGGGCCAAUAGGACCCCCAGGAUCACCUGGCCCUCAAGGUGUCGCUGGUGAUAAGGGCCAAAAAGGAUCCGAGGGGUUAAAAGGACAAAAAGGAGAACAGGGUAAUACAGGUGUUCAAGGACCCAGAGGUGAAACCGGCAGCCGUGGUGAACCAGGGUUGAACGGCAUACCAGGGACGCCAGGCGACCAAGGUCCUCGUGGUGAAAAGGGCAUGACAGGAGAUUUUGGUGCAAAAGGAAACACAGGCGAACCUGGUAUUCCAGCGAAACUGUCUUCACUACUAGAUUCAGAUACAGACCCUACAGAAAAAGAAGAAAUCGCCAAGCUGCUCAGAGGACCAAAAGGAGAACCAGGAGUUGACGGAGCAAAGGGUGAUACGGGUAAAGCAGGCGAGAUUGGCCUACCAGGAAGAGAUGGCAGGGACGGUGACCCUGGGAGUGAUGGGGCUGAUGGUGAACCAGGAAAGAGAGGAGAAAAGGGCGAUAUUGGCCCAAAAGGCUCGAAGGGAGACCGGGGUGAUAUCGGACCACCUGGGCUACCGGUCAACAUAGAUGUUACUGUUUUAAAGGGUGCAGAAGGUAGUCCAGGUCCCCAGGGUAGCCCUGGGCCUCAAGGAAAAACUGGAGAAAAGGGAGAUAAAGGUAUCAAAGGAUCAAAAGGACUUAGAGGAGACAGGGGAUAUACGGGUCAAACAGGACCUGUGGGCCCCAUAGGACCACCUGGGAUCAAUGGAACGCAUGGCGAGAAGGGAGAGAAAGGUGAAAGUGCACCGUUUAUUGAUCUGAAAAAGUUGAAAGGUGAUAAAGGAGACAGGGGUGAAAUCGGACCACCUGGUGAAGCGGGUAAACCUGGACCCCCUGGGGCCAACUCAACUUGUGCAGCAGCUCAAAAACCAGUCAUUGGCCCUCCGGGACCCCCUGGACCUCCAGGGCCACCAGGCCCACCGGGUUUGUCAAUAACUGGACCUAAAGGCGAGCCUGGAGGCAUUGUAUCACAGCAGACGUAUUUUAAAUUCACUGAUAGUGUUGCUGCGAAUCCAAACAACAAUGAUGAUGACGAUGAACCCGUGACCGUAGCAACUGUGAUCUACAAAACAACAACUGCUCUCUUUAAGAGAACCUCAAGCAUCCGCGAGGGAACACUAGCGUAUGUGCUGCACGAGAAAAUACUGCUGCUAAGAGUGGAUAGGGGAUGGCAACACGUUUCUAUGGGCGCCGUAAUAGAUCCGGCUGACGCAAGCACCACACCACAAACAACUACGGAACCAACAACAACAAGAAGAUACUAUCCUGUUGAAGAAACCCAUGUCACAUCUUCGCCUAGAUACGGCUACGAUACGAGUAGAAGUGUCCGUGGAAAAUACAUGGUCUCUACGUUAGAGCCAUCUGGUACCACAACGCUUAGGCCACGAACCAGUAUUCGCAUCGCAGCUCUCAACCAGCCAUAUCCAGGCAACAUGCUAUCAAAGACAUCUGGAUGGAAUGCAGCCAAUAAUAGGUGUCACCGGCAGUCAGUGAAGGCCAUUGUAGGUGGCACCUUCAAAGCGUUCCUGGCUUCUGACAUUCAAGCGCUGCCGUACAUAGUGGACCCUGCGCACAGACACCUUCCCGUGCUGAAUCUACGAGGAGAGAAGCUCUUCCAUUCCUGGGAGAGCAUUUUUGACGGAUCUGGAGCAAGAUUUGCUUCUUCCAACGCGCAUAUCUUCAGUUUCGAUGGGAAGAACGUCAUGAAUGACAACUAUACCUGGCUUGAAAAACUAAUGUGGCAUGGCGCCAAUGCCACAGGCAGCAUCGACCAUGUCAGCUCAUGCGAUAAGUGGAGAAGCGACAAUCCCUACGACUUUGCAUAUGCAUCGCCACUAGAACGACACAUGCUUUUAGGACAAGAAAGAGUAUCUUGUCAACGAAAGCUGAUAGUAUUGUGUGUUGAAGUAAAAUCAACACACUCAAAUGCUGUUCUAAGAAGACGACGAACUGAUUACCCACCUCGAAGGCGAAACUAUCGGUCCAGUAUAGCACCGACAUAUAAUCAAAAUCAUAUACCAGCCUCAUAGGUAUUAACUAUGUAAUGUUUGUAUAUAUUAUUAUAACUGUGUGAGUAAUGUAAGCCUAUUAGUGUUAUCUGGACUUUAUGUCUGUAGCAUAAGGUUUAAGAUUAAUUGAGAUGAUCAUUUCGUGGGAGGUUGACUUGCUUGUUAAAUGUCUACAGAACAGUGGGCUUAGUGUCAGUUUACAUCAAAUACGCUCCCUAGUGAGCGCGUUUAAAAAAUGUAUGAAAAUUUUAGUUUUUGAACGUUUCCCGCUAGAGGCGCUGUACAAUCCGUCAUACAUUAAAUGUCAUUUUUUGACGCGCUCACUAGUGAGCGCGUUUGAUGUAAACUUGCACUAGGUCCUUUGAAUGAUUAAAAUAAUGGUCAGUUAUUUGGAAAUCGAAGAUUUAAAAUAUUUGACAGUGAAAUGUAAUAAAUAACUUACCAAAAUAAUUUUGUUGGUUGAGUUUGGUAACCGAGAAGAAUGAAUGAAUUUGAUUGUGUUUUAUACUAAGCUUAACACUACAAAAGUUUUUAGUCGUUUGAUAAGUUAAAUGUUAUCAGUUUAUUAAGUCAUUUUUAUAAAGUUAUUGGUAGCAAUAUAAUAUUUUCCUAACUAUAGGAUAGAUGCAAAUACAUGACUGUGUAAAACGCUUAAUUUAUUAUUAAAACUUAUACUUAAGUUUGUUUAGUUACUUUUAUAUUGGUGGCAAUUUUGUUGAAUCAGUGACUUUUUAUCAUCUGGAACUUCAUCAAGAACUGAUGAAAAGAGCUCUAAAUAUUUUAAACCUGUUAACUUAUUAACCCUUGUUGGUUAAUGGUUAACGAACUUAAAGUUAAUUUCAGAGGGUUAUAAACAGCGUUGCCAGACGUCCCGAUUUUGGCGGGACGUCCCAAUUUUUAAAUAAAAUUUAUAUGU